AUAUAUACACUCACUGAGCACUUUAUUAGGAACACUAUGGUCCAAGGUUCGGCGUGUUGUCCAUUCUAAGAUGCUAUUCUGCUCACUACAAUUGUACAGAGUGGUUAUCUGAGUUACCAUAGCCUUUCUGUCAGCUCGAACCAGUCUGACCAUUCUCUGUUGACCUCUCUCAUCAACAAGGUGUUUCCGUCCGCAGAACUUCCACUCACUAGAUGUUUUUUGGCACCAUUCUGCGUAAACUCUAGAGACUGUUGUGCGUGAAAAUCCCAGGAGAUCAGCAGCUACAGAAAAACUCAAACCAUCUGACAUCCACAAUCAUGCCACGUCUAAAUCACUGUGAUCACAAUUGAACAUUAACUGGAGCUCCUGACCCUCAUCUACAUAAUUUUAUGCAUUGUACUCCUGCCAUACGAUUGGCUGAUUAGAUAAUCGCAUGAAUAAGUAGGUGUACAGGUGUUCCUAAUAAAGUGCUCAGUGGGUGUAUAUGGUACAAAAUGUGAAAAUAUUGCUUGAGAUUGCAAGAAUUUGUUCAUACUUUACCUUUCCUCUAAUUUUACUGUUUGUUUGUUUGUUUGUUUUCACCUUUACACACCUUUCCAGACCUCUUAAAUAAUAACAUUAAUGAAGAAAAGAUUAGGAAGUUGGAUAUGUUUCCAUUGACUGUGCUGUGGUUUAGUUUCAUGAAGAUUCAAUUUGACAGUAUUAGAGAUCUCUGAGAUAGUCAGUCAUUAAUUUACUAAACUGACCCUACUAAUCUUCUGAACCAUGUUCAUUCCCCUUUGCAAAGAGUGAACCUUAUCCAUUCACUUACACUAGUGUUUGUAGAGAGAGGAGUGUUUUGUUGCAACCAGUGUUGUUUUGGUAAAUAUGAAACUAGGCAGAUUUUAAGCUUUGAAUAUGUAGAUCCAAUUAGCAUUAACAGUGAUGACAGAUCAGGUGUGACUGCACAACAAACAUGAAAGGACAUGUCAAACUCUCUCUCUCUCUCUCUUACGGGCUCCUCCUACUUGAGCAUUGACUUUAUAAAGCACAAUCUGUGUGGUGUUUAUCCUGAAAUUAAUCUGUCACCAUGUGGACUACUCUGUUGAACUUAGACCUGAAUUCUGCAGGCCUAACUUUGUUUCUGGGCUUGAUCUUUCUGGUUCUGUAUGAAACAUUCAGGAUUAAUUUCUCUACAGCCAAAACUCCCCCUGGUCCCAGACCUCUGCCUUUUGUGGGGACCUUGCCAUUCUUUUUGAAAAACCCAAUGGAGUUCAUUCGAUCGAUGCCUCAGUAUGGAGAGAUGUCCUCUGUGUACCUCGGAAGAAAGCCAACAAUAGUCUUGAAUACAGUCCAGAUCACAAAGGAAGCCCUGGUCCAGAAUGCUUCAUCUUUUUCCGGAAGACCACUUGUACCACUUCUAAACUGGGUAACUGAUGGAUAUGGUAUAGUAAUGGCUACAUUUGGUCACUCCUGGAGGCAACAGAGACGGUUUGCUCUUCACACGCUGAGGAAUUUUGGCCUGGGGAAGAAGUCGGUGGAAGAACGUGUUGCAGAAGAAGGACGUUACCUGGUUGCUGAAAUGUUCAAAGCAAAAGGCAAGCCAUUUGAUCCUCAACAUGCCAUUCAAAAUGCAGUUUCCAACAUCAUCUGUUCCAUUGUCUUUGGAGAUCGCUUCGACUAUGAUAACAAGCACUUUGCACACCUUCUGAAAAUCCUGAAUGAAAACAUCAUUCAGUCAGGGUCACUUAUUGGACAGAUUUUUAACUUACUUCCCUUCAUUAAGCACUUCCCUGGGCCACACCAGGAAAUCUAUCAGAACGCUGAAGAGUUAAAGGGUUUUGUCAGGGAAGCAGUUAAAGAACACCGAGAAUCUCUUGAUCCAGAAAACCCUCGUGACUUCAUUGAUGCCUACCUGAUGGAGAUGGAGAAACAAAAGUCAAAUAAGAACUCCACGUUUCAUGAGGUGAACAUGGUGAUGUCAGUAUGCGAUCUGUUUGUGGCUGGAACUGACACCACUGCGACCACCAUCAGAUGGGGGCUCAUCUUUUUGAUUCAAAAUGCAGAUGUACAAGAGCGAUGUCAUGAAGAAAUAGUUCGGGUGCUGGGUUACGACCGCUUGCCCAGCAUGGAUGACCGUGAAAAACUACCAUACACGUAUGCCACUGUUCAUGAGAUUCAGCGCUGUGGAAACAUUGUACCUCUUGGCGUAAUUCAUGAAACAACUCAGCCUGUAAAACUACGAGGAUAUGAAAUCCCCAAGGAAACUCAGAUAUUGACGAACUUAACAGCAAUUUUAAGUGAUAAGGAGUACUGGAAGUAUCCAGACACAUUUAACCCAGAGAAUUUCUUAGAUGACAGCGGGCAUUUCCAUAAACCAGAGGCCUUCCUACCUUUCUCCUUGGGUCCAAGGGUAUGUCCUGGUGAGACCCUGGCAAAGAUGGAGCUCUUCCUCUUCAUUUCUUCUCUACUACAGCAAAUUUGUUUCUCAUGGCCAUCCAGCGAACCACUGCCAAACAUGGAUGGGAUUGUUAGUGUGGUUCGCUCUCCUCAGCCAUUCAACAUCAUCUGCCACAGCAGAGGUUCCAAAGAGUGAUCAUCAGUAACCUUUCCAACAUCUUCAGAAUGUUGAGAACUCUAAAGUUCCCAUAGCUUUUCUUGGCAAAGGCAUAGAUUUGCAGGGUGAAUCUCACCAAGCCUGUUAAGAACAUGACAGGGUCAUAUUUCUGCCCACCUGGACUUGACUUGGACAUGUCUUCAUGAGAUUCUCCCUGUGACUGACAUUUAUAUUGUUAUAUUGCCAUUAUAGUUGAGUUGCCUCAGUUGCAUUUUUUGUAAGGUUCUAAUGAUGAUGUCAUGGUACUAAAUGCCCAACAAAAAUGUAAGUGGACAAGUCGACAAACAUUUGAAAAUCAAAGUUUUAAUGUAAUUGUAUUGAAUGUUUUAUCAAAUAACGUUCACUAUAUCUUUUGGUAGAAGAAAUGCAUUUAAGUACAGGUUCUUGUGUCUCAAAUGAGUAAACUAUAAUUCUGCAGCAGAUGUCAAAAAAGAUAUGUAAAUAUUAAAAUACAAUGAUAGCAUUAUGCUAUAUGAGUAUUAAUAUAUCUUAUUACCCCUGAGUUGCCUAAUCACAGUUUGCUGUCUGUAUUUCACUAUUAUUUUUCUGACAUUUGCAUGACUGCAUACAAAAAUGUAGUGCUUUUGUGUUCUUUAAAUAUAUAAAUAAAGCAUCUUUAAGUCUUU